AUGGCGUCCGACUUGUCAGCUGCUGCCACACUGGCAAGCAGUGUCACAGUCGAUGUACCUGUCAUGAGCACUGCCGCCGUCGAGAUGGCCCCCAAGGCAUCCUCCGGCUGGUUCGGUAUCCUCGGCUGGGCCAUCCUCAGCUUGAUCAACCUGGUGUCUAUGGCCCUCUACUGGUCCAUCCGCUUCAUUACAAUCACCAUUCCCAGCCUGCUAUACGCGCUGCUCUCUGCCAGCUGGACGGUGACGAUGAACGCCACCACUCUCAUCUUCAUCUUGAUAGCAAUUGCUUCAGCUGUUAGUUGGGUCGUGAGAUAUCGCAUUCUGAACAUGUACUCGCGACUACCACCCGAGCCUCAGCGCAAGGAGCCGGACAUCGAUCUCUUCCCCGACACCCACGAAGAAGGCAUGAAAUCUGGACUCUCCAAUUAUCUGGACGAGUUUCUAAGUGCCAUAAAGAUAUUUGGUUAUCUUGAGAGACCUGUCUUCCAUGAGUUGACCCGGAGCAUGCAAACCAGGAAACUGAUUGCAGGCGAAACCAUCAAUCUUGAGGAAGAAAAAGGCUUCUGCAUUGUUGUUGACGGCCUGGUAGAGAUUUUUGUCAAGACAGGACAAGAAGCUCGUCAUUCAGGCAACUCCUCUGCUGAUCAAUCUUGCCAUGAUUCCUCCGAGGACGAAGAAUACAUGUCCAGAGGUCAACAAAAGUACCAUCUCUUAACUGAGGUGAAGAACGGCGCACCCAUGUCCUCCUUAUUCUCGAUCAUGUCUCUAUUUACUGAGGAUGUCAAGUUGAAAGUCGAGGAUGAGGAAGAAGUCCAGGAAGAAAACCCUGAGACCGGCCCAUUCGUCCCGGCUUCAAUGCCGAAUACGCCAAAUCUCAACGCCAGCUCCGGCAGGCAUGCUAUUGUAUCGGAUAAUGAGACGCAGCCCCAGGUGGCUCGUAGGGCCACCGGCGCAAACAUCCCCCCUAUGUCUCUCAACGACGCAGUGCCCAUCGUUCACCGACCACCGCAGAGACCAAGGGCACCGAAGCGUCGCGCCUCUCAGUCUGUUCAUCCCGACAUCAUUGCCCGGGCCACAAUGGACACCACAAUUGCAAUCAUACCUGCCCAAGCAUUCCGGAGGCUUAUCAAGAUUUACCCCAAAGCCACAGCUCAUAUUGUCCAGGUCAUUCUGUCUCGCUUUCAUCGAGUUACUCUUGCUCAUGCGUUCAAUUACCUUGGCCUGACCAGCGAAGUUCUUCAAACGGAGAAGAAUAUUUUGAAAUAUACUACUUGUCAGCUUCCCAACAUUUUGCGUGGAGAUGCCCUAUCUCGAUUGAAGCAAAAGUUCAAGCGCGAGAGAGAACGAAUGAAGGAGAGCCAGGAAUCGAAAGGCAUUGCAUUACACAACUCUACUGUCAAUCGUCGACGACGCUCCAGCACAACUCUUCGCAAAGAGGCUGUAAUGCACGCUCUUUCGAAGCAACGCACAUCGUCCAUGUCUGGCAAUCUCGCUUCCCCACAGUCCGAGCGUUCUUCUCAGCACCACAAGGCCCAACCUGGCGACUUGCUGGCCAAUAUCAGUCAAGCGAGGAACGUUCACAGGCCGUCAAUGUUAGACCCCAAGACACCUCUUGCUCAACGGUCUUUCAAUCCCUUUGAUUCUGAAAAGCAUGCGAGAAUCUCGGUGGACCCGCGAGAUCUUGCUGAGGAAGAUGAUUUGUUCCGCACUUGCAUCCUUGAGUGCAUCUUCAAGACCCUUGGUCUCGACAAUGGAGGUACAGCCUCGAGAGAACCGGAAUCGAUAGAAGCUUCUCCACGGAUUGGCUACAUGGACCAACGUCGGCCAAGGCCAACCUUUCCGAGCAACGCUUUUGGGUUUAUGGCACCAUUCGAGAAUUCGAUAGAUGGCGAGACUGAAUCUGUCACAUCUAGCAAUAUGGGGCUACACGGAACUCCCAGUGCCCAUAUGCUCUCUCAAGAGAUGAAGAAUGAGAUGGAAAUCGUUUUCUUUCCGAAGGGAUCAGUUCUCAUCCAGCAGGGUGAGAGAUGUCCUGGCAUAUACUAUGUUGUCGAUGGUUUCUUGGAUAUUGGCGCCAGCAAAGAAGUUUCUCGUGAGAUUCUCCACAAGACUAGGCCGAAAACACCAGAGGCGAAGAGCCCAGACAGGCCCAGCAGCGGCGGUAGUCAAGAUCACACAGAAGCUCAAAAACACGCCAGCCGCCGCCGCAGCGUUGCAUGGGUAAAGCCUGGCGGCAUUGCUGGAUACAUUGGUGGUGUGUCGUCCUAUCGCUCCUACAUCGAUGUGGUGGCGAAAACGGAUGUUUACGUCGGCUUCCUGCCACGUGCAUCAUUGGAAAGAAUCAUGGACAAAUACCCCAUCGUUUUGCUUACGAUGGCAAAACGCCUGACCAGCAUUCUGCCAAGGCUUAUCCUGCACAUUGAUUUUGCCCUGGAAUGGGUUCAAGUUAAUGCAGGCCAAGUCAUCUUCCACCAUGGCGAUGAGAGUGAGGCCAUAUACGUGGUCUUAAACGGUCGUCUCCGACUCGUCGAGGAAAGGAAGGAUGGCGGCGUUGAUGCAAAAGCUGAGUACGGUCAAGGCGAAAGCGUUGGUGAGCUCGAAGUGCUCACAGAAACCGCUCGCUCUGGAACUCUGCAUGCGAUUCGAGACACCGAGAUUGUCAAGUUCCCACGCACGCUAUUCAACAGUCUUGCGCAAGAGCAUCCCAACAUCACCAUCAAGAUUUCCAAAAUUAUUGCAGCCCGUAUGAGGGCCAUGGUGGAUGAUCCAAUGAAUCUUUCUGGCGCGGAUGCCGGGUCUGGCUCCAUUCGAAACCAUGGCAAAUCCACCAUGAAUCUGCGAACCGUCGCAAUAUUGCCCAUCACUGCAGGCGUGCCUGUGGUCGAUUUUGCUAGUCAGCUCAUGAACGCGCUUUCUCAAAUGGGCACACCGAAUGGUGCUACCUCCUUGAACCAAGCCGCCAUCUUGAAUCAUCUGGGCAAACAUGCCUUCAGCAAGAUUGGAAAGCUACGACUGUCUCAAUACUUGGCCGAUUUGGAGGAAAAGUAUGGACUCGUAGUCUACGUCGCUGAUACUAACGUCAACUCGCCUUGGACGCAGACCUGUAUUGCGCAGGCCGACAGUAUUCUUCUGGUCGGCCUGGCGGUAGCGUCGCCCGAGAUUGGAGAGUACGAGCGUUUCAUGCUCGGAAUGAAGUCGACAGCUUGGAAAUCAUUGGUACUGCUACAUGCCGAACGAUUCUCAAAGCCUGGCCUGACUAGAUCCUGGCUACGAAACCGGAUGUGGAUCAAUGGUGGCCAUUUCCACAUCCAGAUGGCUUUCACAGGCAACGAAGUGAGGGUAGUACCAACCUCGAAAAAAAUUGGCCAAACGCUCAAGCAACAGCUGCAAAUCUUGCAAACAGAGAUUCAAAAGUACACGACGAAGAAAGCACAACGCUACUACAUCCCUGACUCGCCGAUGAAGAGCGAUUUCCAUCGCCUGGCUCGUCGACUUUGUGGGAAGUCCAUCGGCCUGGUCCUUGGCGGUGGCGGAGCUCGUGGUAUCGCUCAUAUUGGCAUCAUCAGGGCAAUCGAGGAAGCGGGUAUCCCCAUCGAUAUUGUAGGAGGCACAUCCAUUGGCUCCUUUGUCGGUGCCCUAUACGCGCGUCAUGCUGAUGUGGUGCCCAUGUUUGGUCUGGCGAAGAAAUUUGCAGGGCGUAUGGCGAGUCUAUGGCGCUUUGCCCUGGAUCUGACGUAUCCGUCUGCUUCUUAUACCACUGGCCACGAGUUCAACCGAGGUAUUUUCAAGGCUUUCGGCAAAACGCAGAUCGAGGACUUUUGGCUCGAAUUUUAUUGCAAUACCACCAACAUCACCAAGAGUCGAAAUGAGUUUCAUACCAGCGGCUAUGCAUGGCGCUACAUUCGCGCCUCCAUGUCUCUUGCCGGUCUGCUGCCCCCCUUGUGUGACGAAGGCAGUAUGCUGCUUGACGGUGGCUAUGUUGACAAUUUGACGGUUUCGCACAUGAGAGGCCUUGGUGUCUCGAGCAUCUUUGCUAUUGAUGUUGGCGCCGUGGAUGACGCCACGCCGCAGACGUACGGCGACUCGCUGUCGGGUAUGUGGGCAUUCUUCAAUCGUUGGAAUCCGUUCUCGUCGCACCCCAACCCGCCCACGCUGGCCGAAAUCCAGGCUCGGCUCGCCUAUGUGUCCAGCAUCGAUGCGCUCGAGAGCGCCAAGCAGAUUGAGGGGUGCAUUUACAUGCGUCCUCCGAUUGAGCCGUACGGUACACUCGAGUUUGCCAAGUUUGACGAACUAUACCUUCUUGGAUACAAGUACGGACAGGAAUUUAUGAAGAAGCUGCGCGAGGAGGGCAAAUUGCCUCUGUCCGAGGAGGCCGAAGCAAAGCAGUCGAUGCGGCGCACGACUGCGCGCAGAAGAGCAAGCAUAUAG